GACGUGAAGUUCCACCUGCCACCAGCAGGUGGCAGCUCACACCAAGUGAACGGCUGGUGAGCUUUUCGAAAACUAGAGAAAGGCGAGCUGGCCGGGCUUGUGGACGGAUCCUGAACUACAAGUCCCAGCAUGCGUCGCUGAGCACCUGACUAGCUUGAGCGCGAAGAGCUGCGCUUCGUUUCUGCCGCGGACUCGGUGGAUGUUUGCGGCUCCCGGAGGUGCGGCUUCCUGGUCCGUGGAGUGGGAAUGCGGGACAUGAGCUGAUUUCCAGCCCCUUUGGUUCGUGAAUCUCUGCGGCCAAGUACGGAAUGGCCGCAAGGGACAGGAAAAGCACACUCGGUGAUGCUGCGAACCCCCGACGUGGCGAGGCAGCCGGACCAUCGAAGGGUCCCCAUGGGCAGACUGGACGGCAAAGUCAUCGUCCUGACUGCGGCGGCACAGGGAAUCGGCCGAGCGGCCGCCCUGGCUUUUGCAAAAGAAGGCGCCAAAGUCAUCGCCACGGAUAUCAAUGAGUCCAAACUCCAGGAGCUGGAGGAGGGCCCGGGUAUCCAAACCCGUGUCCUUGAUGUAACGAAGAAGAAACAAAUCGAUCAGUUUGCCGAGGAAGUGGAAAGAGUCGAUGUUCUCUUUAACGUUGCUGGAUUCGUGCACCACGGAACCAUCCUGGACUGCGAGGAGACGGACUGGGACUUCUCCAUGAACGUCAACGUGCGCGGCAUGUUCCUGAUGAUCAAGGCCUUCCUGCCCAAGAUGCUCACUCAGAAGUCUGGCAACAUUAUCAACAUGUCCUCAGUGGCCUCCAGCAUCAAAGGCGUGGUGAACCGCUGCGUGUACAGCACCACCAAGGCGGCCGUGAUCGGCCUCACGAAGUCGGUGGCCGCGGACUUCAUCCAGCAGGGCAUCAGGUGCAACUGCGUGUGUCCAGGAACGGUGGAUACCCCAUCUCUGCAGGAAAGAAUCCAAGCCAGAGAAGAUCCUCAAGAGGCCCUGACGGAUUUCCUGAAGAGACAGAAGACGGGGAGAUUUGCGACCGCAGAAGAAGUGGCCCUGCUCUGUGUGUACCUGGCUUCGGACGAGUCGGCCUAUGUGACCGGCCACCCGAUGGUCAUUGACGGAGGUUGGAGCCUGUGACCGCAGGAACCUGGGUGUGACGAAAAUCCGAG